ACGUUUGAAAUGGGUGGUGCAGCGCUGAAGACUCGGAAAGGGAGCGGCCAGCAGAUGGAGCCAGGAUAUAAAAUCAGAGACAGCAACGACGAGAAGUCUGGACAUCUUUCCCUCUCACCCUUCGCUGCGGAAGCUGGAGGCACCUUAAGGAGGAGUGGACUGUUGUUCUAUGGAAGCUGAUUCCCCCCUUGCUAGGAUCAUGCCUUGCCAGAACAGCCAGCAGCAGCAGCAGCAGCUCAGCGGCUCGGAGCGGAGCCACACGCUGCCCAAGCAAGUGAGGUUCGCGGCCAGCGUGGAGCCCGAGCCGCUGGGAGCGCAGCUCAAGCUGCUGCCCAUGAACGACCAGAUCAGGGAGCUGCAGACGAUCAUCAGGGACAAAACAACGAGCAGAGGAGACUUUGUGUUUUGUGCUGAUCGCUUGAUCAGACUCGUUGUCGAAGAAGGAUUGAAUCAGCUACCAUACACUGAAUGUACAGUUACAACUCCAACAGGCCAUAAAUAUGAAGGAGUGAAGUUUGAGAAAGGAAACUGUGGUGUUAGUAUUAUGAGAAGUGGUGAAGCCAUGGAGCAGGGUUUACGAGAUUGUUGUCGAUCAAUACGCAUUGGAAAGAUCUUAAUCCAAAGUGACGAAGAGACGCAGAGAGCAAAGGUCUACUAUGCCAAAUUCCCACCAGACAUCUACCGCAGGAAGGUGCUUCUAAUGUAUCCAAUAUUGAGUACAGGCAACACAGUUAUAGAAGCUGUAAAAGUUCUGAUCGAGCACGGAGUGCAGCCAAACCAUAUAAUCCUACUCAGUCUUUUUUCAACUCCACAUGGUGCAAAAUCUAUAAUAGAAGAAUUCCCUGAGAUCACAAUUUUGGCCACAGAGGUCCAUCCAGUGGCCCCCACCCACUUUGGACAGAAGUAUUUUGGCACGGAUUAAAGCGCAGAUGGGAUCCAAGCAAACUCUUUGAAUGCAUUGUCGCUGCUUCCAUGGAUAAAGGCCUAGUUUGAUUCUAGUAGGUGUGUUUUCUCCCAACCAGCUCCCAACCCCACUCUUUGUGGCAAGACAAAAUGAAACUUGAUUUGAUUAUUUUUUUUGCCUUCGGUUCUGUCAAGUUACUUUUAUGAGAUGUCAAUUUUCUAAAGCACAUUCCAAUUCCAUCAGUUGUUUGCGCUGUGCUUGCAUGUGUGCUUUGACAUUUAUUCAUUUUAGCAUAUUUAUUGUUUGCAGCUAGAGGCAGUGCCUAAUUGUAAAUUAAACUAUAUUAAAUAUGUUUUUUUAAAAAAAGUAUUAAAUUGCAUUCUAAUUAUUUUGCAGUUCCCUUGUCCGGUUCUUCCAUUUUCCAUUUGAGAUUAUAGUUUCACCGAGGUGGCAGCUUAAAGUGUCAGUUUUCAGUGUAGCUACAGCGUGAACUGGCUAUCUUUCAGGUUAUGGGCAGGAUGGGCAAGUGGAAAUCACAAAUGAUUCUGUUCACAAUCUUAGACACACAAGCGCCAAAGGUCUAGAGGGACAAUUACAUUUGCCCUGAUCUGUGGAAAGAAGGGGAUAGUCAGUGGUUUACAUUAGGACUAAAUGUAGUUGCAGGAUAGUUAGAAAGACCCACAAAAUGCUGUAGGAAAACAGCAGAAUAGGUAGCAUCUAUGAGGAGGAAUGAACAGUUGAUGUUUUGGCUUGAAACAUUAACUCUUUACUUGUCUCCAGAAUUGCUGCCUGAUGUGUUCCUCCAAUAUUUUGUGUGUGUGUGUGUUACGCUACUCUGUAUUUCUAACAUCUGCAGAAUUUCUUGUGCUUACAAUUACAAUGAAUGUUUCCUCUUUUUUAAACUGCUGCAACAAUAGAGACCAGACAUCAAACCUGGGAUCUUUCUAAACAUUAAGUGCAGUGCCACAACAGAGCUGCCUCCCAGUCCUAAUUGUUCAUAAUUUUUGCAACGUGUCUUACCAAGGCACAGAUAAAGUUAGUUAAUAAUUUAUCUACAUUUCAGGAUAUCAGAUGAGAAAGCACUGGAGCAGGAGUAAUUCUGCGUAUACAAUCUGCAGUGAAUUAUAUUGCACAUCUGUGGCAAUGAAUUCUACAGAUUCACCACCGUCUGGCUAAAGAAAUUCCUCAUCUCUGGUCUAAAGGGACAUCCUUCAUUUCUGAGGCUGUGCAUCUGGUCCUACACUUCCCCUGCUAUUGGGAACUUCCUCCCCAUGUCCACUCUAUUUAAGCCUUUCAAUAUUUGACAGGCUUAAAUGAAAGUACCCGAUUCAUUCUUCUGAAUUCCAGCAUGUAUGGGUCAAGUACCAGCAAACACUUCUCGUUCAUUAACUCUUUCAUUCCCUAACUCUUUCAUUCCCAGGAUCAUUCUCAUAAACCUCCACUCCAGUGCCAAUACAUCCUUUUCUCAGAUAAGGGGCCAAAAACUACUUUUGUUCCAAGUGUGGCCUGACCAGUGCCUUAAAAUCUUACAUCCUUGGAUCAGUAAGAUUCUCUCAAUGUUUACUUGAAAGCAGUUCCGCUUUUGUGCGGCAGUGCUAUUAUUACAGAUGUCCCUGUCGAUGGAGCAAAUUGAAACAGCCACCGAUAGCUGAGAGCUGAAUUUCUUCCCCAUUUUCAGUGGGAGCAGCACAAUUAAUGAGAAGUCUGCAGUGACUCUCUGAUAAUCACUGAGGUUGCAGUCAGAGCACCAAUGCAUUUGCCUGACUUUACAUUGCUGCAGGACUCUAGUAAGCAGUGCAUGAGGAAGAGCAACAACCAGAAUCCCCUGCUUGUUCAAAAAGUACUUGCAGCCUGGAAACUCAAUAGACUAAUCAUUACC